AUGAAGGCGGUUGAAGAUGCGGUGCCAACACAACAGACGGGUCUAUGGUCAUCGAAUGACUACACAAUAACCCUUUAUCUGAAUCAGUAUUGGAAAGAUGAAAGGUUGGAGUUUGGUUUAACCGAAGAAGUCCUCACUCUCUCUGGAGAUUUUGCCGAUCGGAUUUGGGUGCCGGAUACGUUUUUUGCCAAUGAUAAGAACAGUUUUCUGCAUGAUGUGACCGAGCGUAACAAAUUAGUCCGUCUUGGCGGAGAUAGCAGCAUCACAUAUGGAAUGCGGUUCACGGCAACCCUGGCCUGCAUGAUGGACCUCCAUUACUACCCCUUGGACAGCCAGAACUGCAUCGUCGAGAUUGAAAGCUAUGGGUACACUGUAUCUGACGUUGUGAUGUAUUGGAGCACACCGGUGCGGGGGGUGGAGGAGGCGGAACUUCCUCAGUUCUCGACGGGCCACGGAACGAAUGACAGGAAGGAGAAGUUAGCCACAGGCAUCUAUCAGCGUUUAUCACUAAGUUUCAAGCUGCGACGGAAUAUUGGGUACUUCGUCUUCGAAACUUACCUGCCGUGUAUCUUGAUUGUGAUGCUGUCCUGGGUUUCGUUUUGGAUUAAUCAUGAAGCCACGUCCGCGAGGGUUGCUUUAGGCAUAACAACGGUUCUGACGAUGAUAACAAUAAGCACUGGGGUGCGGAGCAGUCUGCCUCGCAUCUCGUACGUCGAAGCCAUUGACAUAGCGCUACGGGAGUCCUUAUCCAACAAUUUCUGGUAUUAG